GUCAAAAUUUAUACAAAAAAAAAACAUUUUUGUUUUUGUUGUAAAAUAUUUAUUUUUUUUUAAUCAUAUUGACUGAAAACUAUAUUAAAGCAACAAAUAAUUUCCUUCCUAAGAUGCCAUACAAAAGCACCAUGUAUAUUGUAUAUUGCACAGUUCAUAAAUAAUUAAUUUUUUUUGGUGCUUGGAAUUCCUAAAUCUCAAAUAAGCUUACGGAAUGUUCCAACAACUACAAUUAAGUAAUGGCACAGGGUAUAUUCCUGAAAUGGAGCAGAUCAUUAGCCUACUAGAAAGGGGAACUUUGGUUACUAAAUUUUCAUGGAGAAAGAAGCCAGAAAGUAAGACUUUAGCAAUAAGAAGGGAAACUAGGCAACUUAUUUGGACUAGGCCUACUACCAGCACAUGUAAACCCAAUUAUGAAGGAACCAUAGAUCUAGCUGAGAUCAAAGAGGUCCGCCUUGGAAAAAACUCCAAAGAUUUUGAAAAGUGGCCAGACGAAGCAAAACUAAAAGAAUCUAAAAAAUGUUUUGUGGUUUUUUAUGGAUCUGAAUUUAAAUUAAGAGUCUUAAGUAUAACAGCUUUGUCAGAAGAAGAGAGAAGACUGUGGGUCAAAGGACUUAAUCAUUUAGUCAAAGAUGCUUUGACCUCUCCCUAUUCUUUGCAGGUGCAAAGCUGGUUAAGAAGGGAGUUUUACGAGAUGGAAGGAAGUAGAGAAACGGUGAACUUAAAAGACUUAAAGUCCUUCCUACCUAGGGUAAACUAUAAGAUUCCUACAAGUAAACUUAGGGAAGUAUUUAAUAUUGUCGAUACGAGCCGACGGGGUGAGAUUGGCUUUGACGACUUUACCGUUCUGUAUCAGAAGUUAAUAUUUGACGAAGAUAACAUAUCUGAUAUUUUUGAUAAAAUCAAAGAAUAUUCAAGCUCGAAACAAGUGAACUUUCAAGAGUUUCAAAAGUUUUUAAAAGAACAACAGGGAGAUUCAAUAGCAUUCAAUAAGGAAGCAUUGAGAAAUUUUAUCUGUGAUUUUUUAAAAGACCCUCAAAGGGAAGUGCAAGAGCCUUACUUGAUGAUACCAGAAUUCUUGGAUUUUUUAUUCUCCAAACAAAACGACUUGUGGGACCCCAAAAAAGAUUCGGUUUAUCAAGAUAUGACCCGUCCGUUAAGCCAUUAUUGGAUCGCAUCUUCUCAUAAUACAUAUCUCACUGGAGAUCAAUUUUCUUCUGAAUCUUCUGUUGAAGCAUACGCGCGAUGCCUUCGCAUGGGCUGUAGGUGCAUAGAAUUAGAUUGCUGGGACGGUCCGGAUUGCACACCGUAUAUCUUCCACGGGCACACUUUAACUACAAAAAUUAAGUUUAUUGAUGCUAUCAGAGCCAUUAAGGAGCAUGCAUUUAUUACUUCGGAAUAUCCGGUGAUUUUAUCUAUUGAGGAUAACUGCUCAUUGCCGCAGCAGAGGAAAAUGGCUAAUAAUUUACAAGAUGUUUUUGGGGAUAUGCUUCUAACCAAACCCUUUGACAAAAACGAGACGGUGUUACCAUCUCCGUUCAAUCUCAGACACAAAAUCAUUCUAAAGCACAAAAAACUCCCUGAAGGGCAAGAGGUGGUGCCUUCUAAUAUGAUAAGAAUGGAUUCGACUGAAAAUAUGGAUCUAAGGAAUGCAGUGAAAAGUGGUGAGAUGUUCAUAGAAGACCCAGUGGAUAAGGAGUGGAUGCCACAUUUUUUCGUUUUAAAUCAUAAUAUGCUGUUUUAUACCAGUCAUUACAAACUGGAUGGGGAUAACUCUGAAAAGGAAGACGAAGACGAUGAUAACAACAGCUUUACUGGUCCUAAUAAAAACAUCCCAAACGAGGAGUUGCAUUUCAGUGAAAAAUGGUUUCAUGGUCGUUUGGCUAAAGGAAGGGAAGAAGCUGAGCAGUUGUUGAAGACUUACUCAUAUCUGGGAGAUGGAACAUUCUUAGUAAGAGCCAGCGUGACAUUCGUGGGAGAAUAUUCAUUAUCAUUUUGGAGAAAUGGUCAAGUGAACCACUGCAGAAUCAGAUCAAAGCAGGACAAACAACAAACUAAAUACUACCUUAUUGAGGGAAAAUAUUACGACAGCUUGUAUAGUCUUAUCACCCAUUACAGGACAUCCCCACUAGUCACAACCGAGUUCUCAAUAACCCUGCGAGAACCAGUACCGCAACCGAACCUUCACGAAAACGAAGAGUGGUACCAUAAACACACCACCAAACAGCAAGCCGAAGACGUGCUUAAAAAAAUUAAAACGGAUGGCGCCUUUUUAGUCAGGCCGAGCGAAAAUGAUGCUAAUUGUUACACUAUUAGCUUUAGGGCCGACAGAAAAAUUAAACAUUGCCGCAUAAAACUGGAGGGCCGACUUUAUACCAUUGGAAGUGUUGAGUUCGAAAGUCUUGUCGAGCUGAUCAACUAUUACGAGGGCCACGCGCUGUACAAAAGAGUGAAAUUGAGCCACCCCGUAACAGAAGAAACUAUACGCUUAAUGAUUAUGGAACAAGAUGAAUCGCCCCCAUACAACCACACUACCCCAUCAUACAUGGAUCCUUCAUCAGUAUUCGUCCCAAAGAUCACAGUGAAAGCCAAGUACGACUAUAGAGCGCAAAGAUCUGAUGAAUUAUCUUUCUGUUGUCAUGCAAUUAUCACCAACGUUACCAAACCAUCAGACAGUCCCGAUUGGUGGCGCGGUGAUUAUGGUGGGGCAAUACAAAGAUACUUUCCAGCUGCUUAUGUGGAAGAAAUCGAACGGACCAGCCCUAGUCAGGAUGAUUCUGGAUCUGAUUCAGUUAUCCAGGGAUCUCUAGACAUGAAAGGAGCAGUGGUCGAACUGAUAAAUAGACCGGAAAGACCUGGUCUCGAAUGGCUAAUCAGAAUCGCCCCGUCUACCGCCCUAGUGCCGUUUGAUUGUGCCGUGCAAUCUAGAGAUUAUGCAUUAGAAUGGGUUUCGGCUAUUAGAGAAGUAACACAAAAAGCGACUCAGCAAGAGAUCCAGCAUAGGGAAAUGGAAAGGACUUAUAGGAUCGCCAAAGAGCUUUCGAAUAUCAUCAUUUAUUGCCGUUCGAUUUCUUUUAACAUGGAGAGGGCCAAGUAUGGUUUUGUAUUUUAUGAGAUGUCAAGUUUUCCGGAGACUAAGGCAGAGAGAUUGCUCUGUCAGUUAGAGAGACCAUUUUUCUUAAAAUAUCAUCAGGUCCAAUUUUCAAGAGUGUAUCCAAAUGGUCUUCGGAUCGAUUCCUCCAACUACAACCCCAUAAAUAUGUGGAAUUGCGGCUCUCAAAUGGUGGCAUUAAACUACCAAACAGGUGACAAACCGAUGCAGUUAAAUCAAGCUAAAUUUAGGGACAACGGUGGUUGUGGAUAUUUGUUAAAGCCCGAAUUUAUGUGCUGGCCGAAUUUUGAUCCUUUUGACAAAGCUACUUUAACUGGCGUAGACCCGGUUACGGUUGAACUUAGGAUUAUUGCUGGACGUCAUCUCUGCAGGUCAAAAAAAGGCAUAGCCAGUCCCUUUGUCGAGGUCGAAAUAAUCGGCGCCCCUUUCGAUUCUGGAAUAAAGCACACCACAAAACGAAUAAUGGAUAACGGUUUCAGUCCAAAAUGGACGGAUGAAAUAUGCGAGUUUACCGUGUUUAAUCCUAAUUUUGCCCUUAUUAGAUUCAUUGUUCAGAACGAGGACGUGUUUGGAGAGCCCAACUUUAUCGGGCAAGCUACAUAUCCGCUUACUUGCAUAAGAAAAGGUUAUCGGAGUGUGUGGCUAAAAAACGCUUAUAGCGAGGACUUAGAGCUAGCCUCCUUACUGGUACAUAUUAGUUUUAAAACAGAAACAACCCCUAGGUAAUCAAUACGGAAUAAGAAACGGAUGACAAUAUUUUAAAUUUGGUCAAUUGGAACUUUAACAUAUCAGUUCUAUCUUGAUCUAGUGAUUGAAAAAAUGAUAUUUUUGUAGCAUUUACUUUGAUUUUCAAUUUGUUAGGAACAAAAGACAAGGAACCGGUUUAUGUGCGCAAAGAUAAUAAUAUUUUCAAAAAUUUUAUAUAUUUUUUAAAGUGGUUUAAAAUGGAUAUAAGAUCUACUUAAGGGUUUCAAAUCAUAACAUAGUUUUAUAUAUAAAUUGUUUGAUGUUCUAUAAAGAUAUAUUUAUUGUUGAUGUAUGUAAUGUUGCUCUACUAGGACAGUAAAUUUUAUGCAAUAAGUGAAACCCAUUUGACAUGGGGCAAUAGAAUGAGUCUCAUAAUAAAUUUAAAUGUCCUGUCAUGUUGCACCCUCUAUUGCCCUAUGUACAAAGAUCUUAAUUAAGAGAACAGUGUUUUAUGAGAUUUAUUGUCUUUUAUUAAUAUUUUUUGUAUUAUUGUAAGUAAAUAAGAUGCAAAGAAAA